AUGACUGCAAUUACAUUUACACCUAAACAACCUAAACAUUUUAUUACUACCGCAGAUUAUACUGCUGAGCAACUUCUUGAUUUAGUUUACCGAGCUGUUCAAUUUAAAGUUGAAUCUAAAUAUAAUCAUCCAAAGCCUAGACAAGAACAACCUUUAGCUGGCAAGUCAGUAGCACUUAUGUUUUCAAAGAGAUCUACUCGUACUCGUGUUGCCACUGAGACCGCUGUUAGUUAUUUAGGUGGACAUGCUAUGUUUUUGGGUUCACAGGAUAUUCAACUUGGAGUUAAUGAGUCAUUCUAUGACACUGCACAUGUUGUUAGCUCUAUGGUAGAUGGUAUUAUGGCUCGUGUUGGUGGCCAUCAUGAAAUAGAGACUCUUGCGAAAGAAUCAUCUGUGCCAGUGAUUAAUGCUUUAUCUGAUAAAUACCAUCCCACACAGAUUCUGGCUGAUUUAAUGACGAUACAUGAAUAUUAUCAUCAUAAGAAAAAUAAUGCUCCUGCUAAUGUCUAUAGUGCACAUACUCAACAUCCUAGAGAAACAUUAAAAGGUUUAAAGGUUGCAUGGGUCGGUGAUGCUAAUAAUAUUCUUCAAGAAAUUCUUGUCGCUUUUCCCAAGUGUGGUAUUAGUGUUUCGGCUGCUUGCCCAUCUGGUUAUGUUUGUGAUCAAGAUGUGAUUGAUAUUGCAAAAGCUGAUGCUGAAAAGACAGGCACUACAGUAUUCUUUACCACUAGCCCUGAAGAAGCUGUGAAAGAUUGUGAUAUUAUCAUUACCGAUACUUGGGUUAGUAUGGGUCAAGAAGAAGAAAAGAAAAAACGACUUUUGGAUUUUAAAGGAUAUCAGGUCACUAAUGCGUUAGCACAAAAUGGUUGUGCUAAACCUGAUUGGAUCUUUAUGCACUGUCUCCCUCGUAAACCAGAAGAAGUGGAUGAUGAAGUUUUUUACUCUGAACGUUCUUUAGUAUUCCCUGAAGCUGAGAACAGAAAGUGGACUAUUCUUUCUGUUAUCGAUGCAUUAUUAGUUAGAGGGGAAAUCUAA